AAGGCGGGGCGGCAGGACGUCACCCAGCGGCCGGAGUUGGGAGUGUUGUGUGGAAGUGUCCGGUGAGUGGAGAAGAGGAGGAGAGCCCGGCAGACAGAGCGGAGAAGCCGGGGAGAAGAGCCGUAUUCGGUCCGUACAUACAGUCCCGGGACACAGCACAUUCUUCUCCUUAGUGCUGACACACCACCCGGCCGCCACCAUGCCUGUCUUCCACACCAAGACCAUCGAGAGCAUCCUGGAGCCGGUGGCCCAGCAGAUCUCCCACCUGGUUAUCAUGCAUGAGGAGGGCGAGGUAGACGGCAAGGCCAUCCCGGAGCUCACCACACCUGUGGCGGCUGUCCAGUCGGCGGUCAGCAACCUGGUCCGGGUUGGGAAAGAAACUGUUCAGACGACUGAUGAUCAGAUGAUGAAGAGAGAUAUGCCGCCUGCCUUCAUCAAAGUAGAAAAUGCUUGUGCCAAGCUUGUCCAGGCUGCUCAAAUGCUGCAUGCAGAUCCAUAUUCUGUGCCAGCUCGUGAUUACCUUAUUGAUGGAUCUCGUGGAAUCCUCUCCGGUACCUCAGAUCUGCUCCUGACAUUUGAUGAGGCUGAGGUAAGGAAAAUAAUCCGUGUGUGUAAAGGUAUUCUGGAGUACCUGGCUGUUGCAGAGGUGGUUGAAAGCAUGGAAGAUCUCGUGACGUACACCAAGAAUUUGGGACCAGGAAUGACCAAGAUGGCAAAAAUGAUUGAUGACCGUCAACAAGAGUUGACCCAUCAAGAACAUCGAGUGAUGCUUGUUAAUUCCAUGAACACAGUGAAAGAUCUGUUGCCAGUGCUGAUCUCAGCUAUGAAGAUCUUUGUGACAACAAAGAGCUCCCGUAGCCAAGGUGUAGAAGAAGCUCUAAAAAAUCGUAACUUUACAGUGGAUAAGAUGAGUGCUGAGAUUAAUGAAAUAAUCCGAGUACUUCAGCUGACUUCUUGGGAUGAAGAUGCCUGGGCCAGCAAGAAGGACACUGAGGCUAUGAAGAGGGCACUUGCACACAUUGGCUCUAAAAUGAACCAGGCAAAAGGAUGGUUGAGAGACCCGAAUGCUCCCCCAGGAGAUGCUGGAGAACAAGCUGUACGUCAGAUUCUGGAUGAAGCUGGGAAGGUUGGAGAGCUUUGUGCAGGCAAGGAACGAAGGGACAUUUUGGGGACCUGCAAGGCUCUAGGUCAAAUAACAGAUCAAGUGGCUGAUCUAAGGGCAAGAGGUCAAGGAGCUACCCCUACAGCAAUGCAGAAAGCACAGCAAGUAUCUCAGGGCUUAGACCUCCUGACGGCUAAAGUCGAAAAUGCCGCCCGUAAAUUGGAAGCUCUGACAAACUCUAAACAGGCCAUUGGCAAGAAGAUUGACACUGCUCAGAGCUGGCUUGCAGAUCCCAACGGUGGUCCUGAAGGUGAGGAGACCAUUCGAGAAAUCCUAGCUGAAGCCAAGAGGAUUGCCGAGUUGUGUGAAGAUCCCAAGGACAGAGAGGACAUCUUGCGUUCCUUGGGGGAAAUAGCAGCAUGUACAGCUAAGCUGAGUGACCUCCGACGACAAGGGAAGGGAGACACACCAGAAGCUCGAGCUUUAGCGAAGCAGAUAGGAACUUCUCUGCAGAAUCUGCAGACCAAGGUGAAUCGUGCCGUUGCCAACAGCCGCCCUGUUAAAGCAGCUGUAAAUAUGGAAGGGAAGGUAGAGCAGGCCCAACGCUGGAUUGACAAUCCCUCUGUGGAUGACCGUGGUGUGGGUCAGGCUGCCAUCCGUGGCAUGGUAGCAGAAGGACGUCGCCUGGCAAACUCUAUGAUCGGACCAUACCGCCAAGAUAUGAUGGCGCGGUGCGACUGUGUAGAGCAGCUGGCGGGACAGCUUGCUGAGCUAGCGGCACGGGGUGAAGGGGACACACCACAUGCUCGAGCUGUGGCUGCUCAACUCCAGGAUGCAUUAAAGGAUCUGAAGGCCAAGAUGCAAGAAGCAAUGACUCAGGAAGUGUCUGAUGUCUUCAGUGAUACCACUACUCCCAUUAAACUUCUGGCUGUGGCAGCCACUUCACCACCUGAUGCUCCAAACAGGGAAGAGAUGUUUGAUGAUAGAGCUGCCAAUUUUGAGAGCCAUGCCGCUCGUCUGGGAGCCACAGCAGAAAAAGCAGCAGCAGCAGGAUCGGCCAAUAAAGCCACUGUGGAGGGAAUACAAGCAACUGUAAAAACAGCCAGGGAGCUCACUCCGCAGGUUGUCUCUGCUGCUCGAAUCCUGUUGCGUAAUCCAGGAAACCAGGCUGCAUAUGAACACUUUGAAACCAUGAAAAAUCAGUGGAUAGAUAAUGUAGAAAAGAUGACAGGCCUUGUUGAUGAGGCCAUUGACACACGGGCACUGCUGGAUGCUUCUGAGGAAGCCAUUAAGAAGGAUAUUGACAAAUGCAAAGUUGCCAUGGCAAAUAUGCAACCCCAAAUGCUUGUUGCUGGAGCCACUAGCAUUGCUCGCCGUGCAAACCGUAUCAUGUUGGUGGCCAAAAGGGAGGUGGAAAAUUCUGAAGAUCCAAAAUUCAGAGAAGCAGUGAAGAAUGCUUCAGAUGACCUGAGCAAAACCAUCUCUCCUAUGGUUCUGGAAGCCAAAGCUGUAGCUGGCAACAUUUCAGACCCAGCCCUACAGAAAGGCUUUUUGGACUCUGGCUUCAGGAUCCUAGGAGCUGUGGCCAAAGUAAGGGAAGCAUUCCAACCUCCAGAACCAGAUUUCCCUCCACCUCCCCCUGACUUGGAGCAUCUGCGGCUGACUGAUGAGGCUGCACCUCCCAAACCGCCUCUUCCCGAGGGAGAGAUUCCACCACCCAGACCCCCACCUCCUGAUGAGAAGGAUGAGGAGUUCCCUGAAGAGAAGGUGGGCGAAGUGAAUGAACCAAUGAUGGUGGCUGCAAGACAACUUCACGAAGAAGCACGCAAAUGGUCCAGCAAGUCACCUGGAAGCCCUGCUCCUGCUACCCCGCAGGGUACAGAAGCCGUUGUGUCUGAGGUAGAGCAGGAGCGUGAGGAAGAGGAGGAAGCGUCAGUAGAAUUUGUCCUCUCUGACGUUGAAGAUGAUUAUGAGCCAGAGCUGCUGUUAGUGCCUGAGGGGCAGCCUGUGAACCAGCCAAUGCUGGCCGCAGCUCAGUCUUUACAUCGGGAAGCUACCAAAUGGUCCAGUAAGGGUAAUGACAUCAUUGCAGCUGCCAAACGCAUGGCUCUGCUUAUGGCUGAGAUGUCUCGGCUUGUGAGAGGUGGUAGUGGCAACAAGAGAGCUCUAAUUCAGUGUGCCAAGGACAUUGCUAAAGCUUCAGAUGAAGUGACCAAGCUGGCCAAGGAAGUGGCUAAGCAGUGCACAGAUAAGAGGAUCAGAACGAACUUGCUUCAGGUAUGUGAAAGGAUCCCAACUAUCAGCACCCAGCUCAAGAUUCUGAGUACUGUCAAGGCCACUAUGCUGGGAAGGACCAACAUCAGCGAUGAAGAAUCGGAGCAGGCAACAGAAAUGCUUGUCCAUAAUGCACAGAACCUGAUGCAGUCAGUAAAGGAGACUGUAAGGGAAGCUGAAGCUGCAUCAAUCAAGAUCCGGACAGAUGCUGGAAUCACGCUUCGUUGGGCACGGAAAACCCCAUGGUACCAGUAACUUCUCCAUCUUGGGAUGGAAUGUAGCCACCUUUCCCUAUUGUACAAAGCACACUAAUACUGUGUAAACGAAAGGAAACCGAUGAUGAAUUUGCUUUCUAAGUGAGCCUCCAGAUCGUUAGACGGCCAUUUUUAUUGUUUCUUUUGUCUAACAAUAAUUUGGCUCCUCCAUCAGUACGUUGCUUAACUCACUAUUUUUUUUUUCUAUUGUAUUAAUGGCCUUUAGACUGACUUCUGCACAUCCUUACUGCAGAUUAACGGAGAGUUCAGUACAAUACACCAGAUGGCACAACCUUAUCUGUUCCUUUCUGCUUUGUCACACCUUAGCCUGAACACCCAUCAUAUUCUUCUGAGCACAGAAAUGUAAAACACUAAACUCUCGUCCAUACUCUUUUACUUUGAUAUGUCCAUCCUGUAGGGUCCAUAUUGUAUCUCCUUUUCCCAAUCUAUGCAGAGGACUGUGACUGGUCAUUGUAGCAUAUAUGUUAAUGAAGUGUCCUUCAGACUAGAAGAGCAAUGUGUCAUAACUGAUGAAUGUAUAAUAGCAGCACUUUGUGUGAUCCAGCAGCAGUGGUGUUUGUAGUGUUGCUGGUUUUUCAGAAUGCAUGAGAGGAUUAGAUUUGUGUAUGUGACCUCGAGAUAUGAAGAUCAAACCUGGUGCCAUUCACGGAGAUAAGCCUACACAAACUUGAACCUUGGGGAUGUGAAUAAUAUCAUAUCUUAAUAAACCAGAGGCCUGUGGCAGUAGCUUUGCCUUUAUACUAUUAAUGCUUGCCAGUUCGCUCUCGUCAUAGCAUCAAGUGUAACUCAAACAAGGCAAUUACCUUUGAUAGUUUGGUUGGAAUAAAUUCCAGCUUCCCACUUGCUGUCACAGAGGUUGAUGCAGGUGAAUGUGUAGUGGAAUUCUUCAGAGUAAAUUGCCUACAUCCCGCUCUUCCAUCUCGCAUCUUUAGAGGGUGUGCAUAUUACUAGCUUCAUUUCUCACCAAGUGUUGGCUGGAGGUAUCUGGUCAAUUCCAAUGAAUGUCCAAGCAUGUACACACUAGAAGGCUGGGGGUUACGCCACUGCCUGAUUUGCCUUGGUGUACAGUUUUGGUUUAUAUUGUGGGAAAUGAGAUUAAUGUAUUUGAAUGCCAUAAUGCCUUUUAACACACAGAUCUAGUAUUGGUUAAAACCAAAGACGUCUAUUUUUUUGUUUGUAGAGCAAUUAUGUUAAACUUUCCAACUGUUUGCAGUUAUAUAUGACUGAAACUAGCAAAGGCAGAGUCUUUCUCAUAGGAUUUUAGUCAACUUCUUGUUGAUUAGGGGGCCCUUUACAGAGGAGAAGGGUUAAGUAACAUUCGACCUGCACUGUUUCCUGGGAUAAAUUAGAGCAAAUGUAUCUUUACACUGAAGCUCUGAUUCAGCUUUGUUCCUGUCAGUACAAACCAAUAAACGAUUUAUAUACUUCA